UGAUCGGAGCUGAGCAUCAGUGAGCCGCAGACGGACACGGAGGAGGAUCCUGUCUCAGUGGAAACCCGCCACGCUCCGUGGGUCCUGCUCCUGGAUCUACCUUCAUUUUUAUUGAAACCCUGGAAGAAAGAGGGAAGCUGCUGCUGCUGAAGCUGAAGCUCCAACCGAAGGUCCCCGCUGUCCACGCAGCUGUCCACGCAGCUCUCCAUGCCGCCCCACAGAGCGCUCCGCGCGGCGCUCGCGCUGCUGCCGCUCCUGCUACUUGGAGCUCGCAGGCUGGACGCCCAGCUGGGAGGAGAGCGCGGUGUGUCGGUCCCUGAACACGGCUUCUGCCAGCCCAUCUCCAUCCCGCUCUGCACCGACAUCGCCUACAACGAGACCAUCAUGCCGAACCUGCUGGGCCACACCAACCAGGAGGACGCGGGGCUGGAGGUGCACCAGUUCUACCCGCUGGUGAAGGUGCAGUGCUCCCCGGAGCUCCGCUUCUUCCUCUGCUCCAUGUACGCGCCGGUGUGCACGGUGCUGGAGCAGGCGCUGCCGCCCUGCCGCUCUCUGUGUGAGCGCGCGCGGCAGGGCUGCGAGGCGCUGAUGAACAAGUUCGGCUUCCAGUGGCCGGACAGCCUGGCCUGCGAGAAGUUCCCGGUCCACGGCGCGGGGGAGCUGUGCGUGGGCCAGAACACGUCGGACCGCGCGGAGCCGGAGGGCCCCGGAGCCUUCCCCACGGAGCGCCCCCCGCAGGAGCCUACGCACGGUCAGUUCCGCUGCCCGGCCUCCCUCACCGUGCCCCCCUACCUGAACUACCGCUUCCUGGGGCAGGAGAACUGCGGCGCCCCCUGCGAGCUGCGCGCGCCUCACGGACUCAUGUACUUCAGCGAGGAGGAGCUGCGCUUCUCCAGGAUCUGGAUCGGGAUCUGGUCCGUCCUGUGCUGCGCCUCCACCCUCUUCACGGUGCUCACCUACCUGGUGGACAUGAAGCGCUUCAGCUACCCGGAGCGGCCCAUCGUCUUCCUGUCCGGCUGCUACACCAUGGUGUCGGUGGCCUACAUGGCCGGCUUCCUGCUGGAGGACCGGCUGGUCUGCAACGCGGGCUUCGAGAAGGAGAUGAGGACGGUGGUCCAGGGCACCAAGAAGGAGGGCUGCACCAUCCUCUUCAUGAUGCUCUACUUCUUCAGCAUGGCCAGCUCCAUCUGGUGGGUCAUCCUGGCCCUCACCUGGUUCCUGGCCGCCGGCAUGAAGUGGGGCCACGAGGCUAUCGAGGCCAACUCGCAGUACUUCCACCUGGCGGCGUGGGCCGUGCCCGCCAUCAAGACCAUCACCGUCCUGGCGGUGGGUCAGGUGGACGGCGACGUGCUGAGCGGCGUCUGCUUCGUGGGCAUCAGCAGCGUGGACGCCCUGCGAGGCUUCGUCCUGGCGCCGCUCUUCGUCUACCUGUUCAUCGGAACCUCCUUCCUCCUGGCCGGGUUCGUGUCCCUCUUCCGGAUCCGGACCAUCAUGAAGCACGACGGCACCAAGACGGAGAAGCUGGAGAAGCUGAUGGUCCGGAUCGGGAUCUUCAGCGUGCUCUACACGGUACCGGCCACCAUCGUCAUCGCCUGCUACUUCUACGAGCAGGCCUUCCGCGGCCAGUGGGAGUGGACGUGGGUCAGCCAGUCCUGUAAGACCUACGCGGUGCCGUGUCCCGUCCAGGACCGGCCCAGCAUGAGCCCGGACUUCACCGUCUUCAUGAUCAAGUAUCUCAUGACGCUCAUAGUGGGCAUCACCUCCGGGUUCUGGAUCUGGUCCGGUAAGACCCUCAACUCAUGGAGGAGGUUCUACAGCCGGCUGGCCCACAGUAAGCAGGGGGAAACCACCGUGUGACCCGGUGACCCGAAUCCUGGACCCACCAGGGAACCUCAGGCUGCUUUAUUCUUCCAAGGUCCUGGAAGAUCCAUAAUUGCUUCUACAAACUAAGGGUUCUGAUCCGGUUCGGAUCCAGCGUUCUUCUACACGGAUCGUUGUGUCUUUGGAUCGAGGAACUCCUGGUGAGGAGAUGGUUCUGGACCAGAAUACUACAGCUCACUGCUGCUCCACUCCUGCUUCUGGACCGGUACCGGAGUAGAACCGCGCCUCAGUCCAUCCUAUAGGGAACCGUUUGGUUGGGAAUUAUUCUGGAUCUUUGAUCGGGUCCAUUUCAUGGAAGAACUGGAUAUUUUGACCAGAACCAUCGGUUUGGAACGGUUCAGGCGGUCUGGGUUCUGAAAUGGUUCUAUUUCCUUUGGAUUUAGGAAAUGUUCUGACCCGGUUCUGGAGUCAGCCCACAAGUGAAUCCGAACUAAAGGAACCAGUUGGACGGGAAGUUUCAGGUUUAUUAACGGGUUUAAAGUCCAAUCAGAAUGGAGAGCCAGAACCAUCGGAAACGGACCCAAAGACAUGAUAGGAAUAACUGAUGAGGCGGUCCAGUGGUUGGUUCUGUAGGGAUGUAGGUCCGUUCCUCGGAACCAGGACCGUCAAACCAGUCUGUUUCUGAUCAGAACCUCUUUCUCAGAGAUAAACCGGACCUCUGAACCCAAAUUAACCCCUUCAGAACCAGCAGAACCAAAACCCAGACUUCUUUGUGGGAGUUUUUGGGUCGGCUGUGAUUUCCUCCUGAACAGAACCGGUCCUCUGGUUUGGUCCCGUGAAGCUUCAAAGGUUCUGAUCCGACGAUGAUUCAGAGGUUCUGAUCCGAGGAUGAUUCAGAGGUUCUGAUCCAUAUGGAGUGUAUUUUGAUUCUUAAUUGUUUAAAGCAAACAAAAAGUUUUGUAACUUAUUUUCUGCUUUUUUUCCCAAAAUUUUCUUUCCAAUUAAAAAAAAAAAAUUUU